AUGGACACAGACACAGGCAUGCACCAAAACCAACACAACAACCAACAGUUCAAAAUCCAGCACCACAACAACAACCAAAACCAACAGUUCAAAAUCCAGCACAGCAACCAACAGUUCAAAACCCUGCACAGCAACCAACAGUUCAAAAUCCAGCACCACAACCAAAACCAGCACAACAACCACCUCCACAACCAGCACAGCAACCAACAGUUCAAAACCCUGCACAACAACAACCACAAACAGAGCAAGGACAUAAAAGAAGUAGAGAAAAAGGAAACCAAGAAUUCUUAA